AUGUUUGAUUCGCUUGUACAAGCCGGAACGUUUCUUUUUUUUUUUCCCCGUUCUGGCCCCGAUUACUCGAACCCUCGAACGCUGCAGUUGAGUUGGGAUGAUGGCCACGUUUUCUUGCCAGCGGUGAAAAUUUGCAACCGCGGAGCCUUGCGCGCUGGUUUACGAUGUUUGCUUUCAACGAAGCGUCAAGUCGUACCUACCGACCUGACCAAGAAACUUCACACGACUGCAUUGUCUCGUUGCGCUAGUCUCGUCAGGGUGAACGACGUGGACGGCGUCCGCCAAGUUACCCUAAACAAUUCUAAAAAACGGAACGUGCUGUCGCUUGCUGUGCUCAGGGAACUGGACGCUCGUUUUAAGGAGGUCGACAAGGAGAGCUCUGUUCGCUGCGUUGUUCUUUCCAGCAGCGGACCCGUGUUCAGCUCGGGACAUGACCUGAAGGAGCUAAAAAUCGAGUCCGGUGAUAGCGCCAAAAUCGAAGAAAUAUUUUCCGUUUGCACCAGCGUUAUGACGGCGAUACGCAGGCUGUCGGUGCCCGUCAUCGCGCAGGUGAACGGUCUCGCUGCGGCGGCAGGAUGCCAGCUGGUCGCCACAUGCGACAUCGUACUGGCCACGGACCAUGCGUCCUUCUCGCUUCCAGGUGCGGCGUUCGGUCUGUUCUGCUCGACCCCAGGCAUCGCGGUUGCCCGUUGCGUACCACAGAAGAUGUCCGCCUACAUGCUGUUCACAGGCAACACCAUAAGUGCCCAGGAGGCUCUGCGAAGUGGCCUGGUGAGCAAGGUGGUCCCUGAGGAUAAGCUUCAAGAGGAAACAGAUCAAGUGGUCUCGGCCAUCAAGGCCAAAAGCAAAUCCGUUCUGUGCCUCGGCAAGAAGUUCUACUACAGACAGAUUCAGAUGGGCAUAGAGGAUGCGUACACUGAAGGCGAACGUGUGAUGCUCCACAACUUGGAGUACUGUGACUCGCAGGAAGGUAUUAAAGCUUUUGCCGAGAAGAGGAAACCACACUGGGAACACACGGACCGAAAAAUUUAGUGCUCAGUGUGUUUUUCAAUAUAUAU